CUUCCAGCCUCACUGCCCCACGUCUACAAUACAGGGCUUACAGCUGUCCAUUGGCCAGACCUUCAGCUCACAUCGGCGAGGAGACCUUCCCAGUGAUCGUCUAGUCAUGUCAUCUUCUGCUCCUAGGGCGCUGUCGAACAGGGAGGAGGAUGCGCUCAUGAAGUCGGUCAAGGCGGAAGGACUAAAGAAGUGCGACGAUGUGGUCAAGCGCUUCGCAGAUUGCGCCUCGGGACGGACAGUCUCGGUUGCAUGGGCGUGCAGAGAUGAACACAAGGCAGUGCAGAGCUGUCUUUCUCAAUAUACAUCUCCAGACGCUCUAGAUCGUGCACGGAAGGAGUGGCUAAACUCGCAUAGGAGUUGAGGGUAGAAGACAUGAAAGGAGGAAAAGGGCUCAGACAGGGCGAGACUGUUCCCAUCGUCACGAUACCAUAUCAUACGCUUAGACACGCAAGAACAGAGUGACUAUUGAUG